CUGAAGAAUCAGCUUUUGAAAUUUAUUCCACAAAGAAUAUGUAAAAUCUUAUUCAUUUCGAAAAGGACCUUUUUCUUUUGAAAUGGGGUGCUUAUAUAUUGGAAAAAGAAAAGCAAAAAAAGUUAUUGAUAAUUCUCAGUGAAAAAAGAAGAGUUGAGUACUAUGCAUUUGAGUAUGCUGGUCUCUGGUCUAAGCUUUAUAAGCCUGUCAUCUUAUAAUUACACCAUUGCCAACACUUGUUAUUGCUGUUUUUUCUUCUAACACACCACCAUACCUCAUCUGUGUUUUUCUUUUAGCUUUUCGAUUGAAGAACAAUGCAAGUUCUUGCAGGGAAACUGGUUUCUUUCACCAUGUUCAUACUACUCGUCCCAUCACUUGUAAGCUCAAUUGAUGAAGACAACAAUGACAACAUUAAAAAGGUGAUCAGUCAUAAACUGAUGUUUGAGAUUACACUGCAUGGAUUCCUCCUUUGGGCAUCAAUGGGGUUUUUAAUGCCUAUUGGGAUACUUGCUAUUAGAAUGUCAAAUGGAGAAGAAUGUGGAAGAAAGCUUCAAAUUCUUUUCUAUGUUCACGCAGUUUCACAGAUACUUUCAGUACUUCUUGCUACAACAGGAGCAAUUAUGUCAAUAAAAAACUUCAACAAUUCCUUCAACAAUCAUCAUCAAAGAUUAGGUGUAGCUUUAUAUGGCAUCAUAUGGUUACAAGCCUUAACCGGAGUUUUACGUCCAUGGAGGGGAUGUAAGGGAAGAACUGUCUGGUUUUUUGCACACUGGUUACUGGGAACUACAGUGUGUGUUUUAGGUGUAAUCAGCAUAUACACUGGAUUGGGAGCAUAUUAUGACAAGACAUCAAAGAGUACAAAGCUUUGGACCAUAGCUUUUACAGUUGAGAUCACUGUGAUUGUGUUGAUUUACUUGUUUCAAGACAAAUGGGUGCAUAUACAAAACCAAGGUGUACCAGUGAGACCUAGUGAAGAACACAGUUCAAUUGGUAAUGAAAAAGGAACCGACAAGUGAGCAUUAUUGAAGAAACAAAAAAGGGUUACAAAGUGACUUAAAUUUACUAACACGUUUCAUUUUUUGUUGGUGUUAGGAAAAAAAAAUGUUCAAAUAUUGGAUCAAUCUUUUGUUGGUGUUAGAACAAAAACAUGUUCAACUGUUUGAACAAAGCAAAAAGAUGGCAACAGUUUCAAAAACCAUAAAAUAGGGUCAUCCACUAUCCAUAAA